AUGGAUAGAACCAACUGGACCAGUGUAUCCCAUUUUGUUCUUUUGGGCAUUUCUACUCGACCAGAAGAGCAGAUUCCACUCUUCCUUCUUUUCCUACUCAUGUAUGCAAUCAACAUUUCGGGCAACUUCGCCAUCAUCACACUGAUUAUCUCUGUUCCACACCUCCACACUCCCAUGUAUAUCUUCCUCAGUAACUUGGCCUUGGCAGAUAUCUGCUUCACCUCCACCACGGUCCCCAAGAUGCUACAGAACAUUCUUUCUACUACAAAGGCUAUUUCUUACCUGGGCUGCCUAGCCCAGACUUAUUUCUUCAUUUGCUUUGCAGCCAUGGAAAACUUCCUUCUGGCUGUGAUGGCGUAUGACAGGUACAUUGCCAUCUGCCACCCUUUCCAGUACCCUAUGAUCUUGACCAAAAUGCUGUGUGCACAAAUGGUGGCUGUGUGCCAUGUCCUCUCCCAUCUUCAUGCCCUGCUGCACACCCUUCUCAUGGGCAGACUGGUCUUUUGUGACGAUAACAGGAUUCCCCACUUCUUCUGUGACCUCUACCCUCUGAUGAAGAUCUCUUGUUCCAGCACUCACCUCAAUACCCUGAUGAUUCACACCGAAGGUGUUAUUGUCAUCAAUGGAGCUUUGGCCUUCAUCAUUGUCUCCUAUGCUUGUAUCAUCUCAGCCAUCCUUCGGAUCCCCUCAGCCAAUGGCAAGUGGAGAGCCUUUUCCACAUGCGGCUCUCACCUCACUGUGGUGGCCAUAUUCUAUGGUACACUGACAUGGGUCUACUUCCGACCUCUUUCCAGCUAUUCAGUGGCCACUGGUCGACUUGUGACAGUCAUGUACACAGUAGUGACUCCCAUGCUGAACCCCUUCAUCUAUAGCCUGAGGAAUGCAGACGUCAAGGGAGCCUACAAGAGAUGGAGGAGCAGACGGUGGGUUUCUUUCUUUAGCUAA